AGCGCCCGCGGGGGCAGGCUGGCGCGGCCACCGGCUGGAGAGCCUGGUCUCUAGUGAUGUGCCCUCUGCGGCCCCAGGCCUCACGGGCAGGCGCCGGGACAUGGUGGCCUGAGGAAGGAGAGGACUCCUCCCGAAGUGGGCAGUAGACGGAGCGUCCCCCCACUUCGCCGGCCCCCGGAAAGGGGUAUUACGGAGGACGGAGAACGCCCCUGCCCCGCCCCCGCGUGACCUUUCCUCGGCAGCUUCGGGAUGUCCGCCCCCCUCGCCGCCCCCGGAGCGCCUCCCUCGGCUGCUGCCACCUCACCGCCUCCGCUGCCGGGCCUCGGAACCGGCGCGGCGCGGCGACCGGCUCCGCGGGGGAAGACUCUGGCGGCCGUCCCCGCGCGCACUUCCGCUUCCGGCCGCCGGGCGCGCCGGGCUGCGGGCGCUAUGGACGAGCCUGAGAUGCAGCUCAAGGGGAAGAAAGUCACCGACAAGUUCACCGAGAGCGUCUACGUGUUGGCCAAUGAGCCGUCGGUGGCGCUGUACAGGCUGCAGGAGCACGUCCGCCGCUCGCUGCCGGAGCUGGCGCAGCACAAGCGCCCUGCCCCACCCUGCCCUCAGGCCGACAUGCAGCGCUGGGAGGAGCAAAGCCAGGGCGCUGUGUAUACCGUGGAGUAUGCGUGCAGGGCUGACCCAGUCUCGUGCCACAGCGCCGUGAAGAACCUGGUGGACAGCAGCGUGCACUUUCGCAGCGUGGAGGGGCUCCUGAAGCAGGCCAUCAGCAUCCGUGAGCACAUGAAUACCAGCGCCCAUGGCCACAGGUAGCCGCCCGCGCCACCGCUGCUGGUGGGCCCCGUGGCUCCAUCUCGGCCCCAGGGCCUGGCCUCUGCCUGUGCCAGCAGCAGGUACCCAAGCAGAGAAGCAUUGCAGCCGGAAGUGAAGGGUGUUCCCAGCGGCCUGGCGGGAGUGUGAAGGGGGCCCGCUCAGCUGACUGCCUGUGUGCCCAAGGGCCUGGGGCUGUGUUCCCACCGUCGUGACUAAUAAAUGCGCAGCCGUGCAGGCCUGUGGCUCCA